AUGAUUCCAAAGGUUCGAGAAUCUAAUUUUGGUCAAACAUUAGGAGAGAGAUCACAAGUUAAUAAUCAAUAUGAAAUUGGUCCGAGUGAUUUGAUACAUCGUGCAAUUUACGCAGGGUCAAAAUCGGCAUUAUAUAAUCAAUAUGAUUUUAAAACUAAAAAGAAUGUAAUUGAUCAUGAUGAAUAUAUUGGAUAUUAUCAUUAUAUUAAUGGGUUUAUAGACAUUGAUUCUUAUAUUCAGCAAGUGAUAGGGGAUGAUAAGAAGAAAUUCAAAAAGGACAUUAUAUUGUCUUAUUGUUCAUGGAAUAUAUUUGGUAAAACAGACUAUAAGAUUAAGUUUGUAUUACAUCCAAAUGGAGAAAUAGAGAGAAUGAUAAUGAGAGAAACCAAUAUGGAAGAAUUGAAAGUUUCUCAAAUACUAAGAAGUUUGUAUUAUGUCGAUAAUCCCCAACAUCAAUUGACAGGCACGGUAAAUUUCCCUAUAUUCAGAAACAAACUUGAGUUGAAAGAUGUUCUAAAGUUACUCGUGAAAUAUGUUAGUAAAGGAUAUGAAACAGGAAAGAACCAGUAUGAAAAUAAGCUUAUAGAUUCAAUUUUAAAAUUAUGUAAAAGUAAAGAAUUAAGUCAAUUCGUAUACAAUGAGACCAGUUUUGAAUAUUUAAGGAUAAAAUUACUUAAAAACAUAAAUCCAAUAGAGUAUCUCAAGUCCGUGCAAAAAAUUUCAACCCCUUCAAAUUUUUCAAUCUCAAAUGGUUUAAUAUUAUUAGAUCAAGUCAAAUUUUUAAUCAAAAAUAAUAAAUUUAAUUUGGCACUCGAAGUUUCAAAGAUGACUGUACUCAUUCAACCACUAGAUUUUGAAACUUGGUAUUAUUUGGUUAUUUCCUAUAUAUUAAAUUCAAAUUUUCGAAUGGCUAUAUCUGUGAUUAAUCAAAUUCCAGUAAAAUUAAAUGACGAAUCUAGUCUACCUAAUGAUUUAUUUAUAAAUACACUUUUAUCAAGAAUGAAUGAAUCUGAGCCAAUCAGUGAAAAGACGUUCAAUGAUACAUUCCCAUCUGCUAAUACAACAAUGAAAAAAUGGCAUAAUUAUUUCAUAUUCAAUCCGUAUCCACGUCAUCCCAUAAUUGGAUAUCUCCAUCAACUGCCAUUAUUCAACUCAUCAAAAGAACAAAUUGCAUCAGUUUCACAAAGUUUAAAAAAUUAUCCUUAUUUCAAUGAGGGACAAUAUGGUAAAUUAUACAAUUUAUUAACAUUCUUCAUUGCAUUAUAUGGAUGGGAUCAACUAAUAAAAUUAAAAGAAAAGGAACUUAGCAACUGUGAAGUUUGGUUAGAUCAAUUAUUUUUCAAAAUAUAUCAAGAUUUAAAAAUAUGUAUAACUAAUGGAAAAGAUAAGAAACGAAGUGCUUUAGAAUGGAACUUAAUUGGUAAUUUAUCAUAUCAAGUGAAAUUUAAUCUCAAAGAAAGUGUAAAUAGUUUAAUUACAAGUGUAUUAGGUUCAGAAUUUGAUUAUUUUGGAAUAGUCAAAUUAUUGGAAAUUUAUAAUGAUUUGAUCCUUGAAGAUCCUGGAGAUUUAAAUUAUUUGAUUUUAAAACUCAACAAUAUCUCAAAUGUUAAUUUAAACCUAGAUUUAGAUUUUAUAUUACUUCAUCUUAUGAUUUUAAUUAGUUGGGAAUUACGAUGGUAUAAUUACGUUUCAAAAUCAUUAAUUAUAAAUAUUAUACAUAAAUUGAUUAUUAAAUAUGAUGCUAUUUAUUUAAUAACUCGUUUUAAAAUUAUAUUUGAAAAUAAUAAAGGUAAAAUUUUUGAUAAAUCAGAUACUAUAUUUGAACAUAUAGAAACAUUAGUUAAUGAAAUAGAUGAAAUAUACACCUAA